AUGAUCUGCCGUAAGGUCUCGCGCUUUAUUCAUGUGGUUAGUAGAACGAAAGAGUUCUGGAUGGAAUUCCCACGAUUCCAUUUUGAUGGCUUUUGUCACAACGGUCCACGCUUAACAGCAAUGGCUUCUGGCGCGUCCUCGAGCCUGAGUGCGGCGGGCUCCAGGUUAACAACUGGAGGCAUCGAGCAUAUCUCUGGCAUGGCAUUCGACAAAGUCAUCUCAGGAACGCGUGAUAGAUAUAUCGAGUUCUGCGCUUUCGGUCCCCCUCCCAUCGGCCUGGGUAGUCCAGGAGACAUCUAUGUUGACAAAACAUCUAAACACCAUGUCCUGUACGGCUUCACAACGAAAUGGGAGCGCUGGAAUGGACCACAGAAAAGGAAAAGUUCAGAUUUCCUUCGACAUCCAAGGUAUCCAAACCUUGUUCUUUGGGCUACGACCGGGAAGCGGGGCUGGAUAAGUUUCCAAGUCAUAGAGAAGAGGAGACAGUCGGAUACAGAGAAUAAUAUCCUCACUGAACAAAUAAAAGCAGAUGAAAAGAACAAAGUCACAGGAAGGCCUUUUCAAGCAGAAAGAGUUCAGAGACAACCAGCCAUCUCUGUUCCUCAGGCUCCUCCUUCAGUUGGCCCUGCUAUGGUGCAGAGCGUUUUGAGAGAAACGCGACGUGUAUCGAUAGGUACGGCCUCCCACCCUUCGCCGGCACUGAAUAAUUGGGUGGCAAGCUUUAACUCUCCCGAUGCUGAUGGCGAGUCGGGUCCCAUGCUCCCUAUCUUCGUCACCGAGUCUCCCAUGCCCCAUGGCCAGGAUACAAGUAUCUCUCCGAUGUAUCGUACUCUUUCGACUAUGCCUCUCACCAAAUCUCCUCCUCUGGUCACAGACUCACCUAUGUCCUUCACAUCAUCCAUUCCCACUGCUCUACCAGUACCUCCGCCCACUCCAAAUGCCGAACCUCCCUACAUUGAUCUCAGGACAAAGAUCAAUAGAUCUGUCUCGCCGCAAAAGUCGAGAACCAACGCGUCGUCUUCGUCGAGUCUGAGGCCUUUUGUCCCUGCUUCCCAUCAACCAGGCAUGUCUUCGCCUUUAACCAAGGCUCUACCCGAGUCUCAGCGCCAGAUUAUAGGUGGCUCACUCCGGCCCAAAAUUGCUAAAGCUGGUCCCUCCCGUCCGGCCGCACUAUCUUCAAGCGGGCCGCAGCGUGGACGUCUCAUCUCCAAAUCUCCUGUGUCUUCAGCGACACAGAAAAGAAAACGUGUGCAAUCGCUUGUCUCCGAAGCUUCGACGCAUCUAAAAACGUCCUCAGCUUCAUCGUCAUUGGCCAGGAUGCCAGUGCGGGGUGAGGCUCGCUCUCGACUCCCAAAAGUUGUCAAGACUUCGCGUCGUCCCUCUUCCGUCGCUAGUCCAAGCAAGGAAUCUGCAUCUGCAUCCAGGGUGGUUACUAACCAGUGUCCAGUAGAGAGGACGGUCCCGGAACCCGAGAAACCACCGGCCGUUGUCAUCGAUUUAACUCUCAGUGAUGACGGUGACGUAUCUGUCCCCACUACCGCACCGUCGCCUCAGAGGAAAUCUUUCAUCGCGCCAUCUCCUUCCCCAAGGAUAUUUCCGGCCGCGCCAUCUCCUCCACCAAGAGUGUCACUGGCAGCACCGUCGCCUUCUGCGAGGAUUUCGCCAGUGGCGCUGUCGCUUCCCCCACUUACCCUGUCCCCCUUGGGUGAUGCCUCCGUACAGGAAGACAUGCCUAUGGGUGACGAUAGUAUCCCUAUACCCGAGCUUCAGUACCCAGAGUUUGAAACAAGUGAAACUGUACCGCUACUUCCUGCGCAAUAUCAAGUUGACUUUUCGGAUGAUGCUACUGGUAAUCUAUAUUUACUCUUCUUCCUUCUCAAGCUCAAUACAUUCCGGAUAGUUUAUGGUACCUUGCGUUUCAAAACCCAUCACAUUCAUGCCAUAUUCCAGAUGAACGAGGUAAUGGUUUGUCGUCUCUGCCAAGAAGAUCAGGCAGUGUUCGAUCUUGACGUAUCCCUCCACGAUUUAGCAAGCCAUUGUGAAGCAAGUCACAGUGAAGCCUGUCAUCUCAUCGUCGACUUAACACCAGAGCAGACGAAGGCUUGGUUGGAAAUAGCAUUGGUAGCUUAG